UUUGUACUCUCUUUUAUCUGCCUCGCUUAGUUUUAUAUACGUGUGGCGCGUACGCUCAUAAGAUUCGUCUACUGCGGAGAGGCUCGUGUAUAGGUAGCAAAGGUUGGCGACGAUCGUGCGACUAUACUUCGCGCGUUCGGUAAUCCGAUCCUGCUGGACUUGCUAUAUGAAAUGUUUUAACUGUCUGAAUCGGUUCCGCGUAGCACUUGAAGCGCGUGAAAGCACGCUAUGAUUUAGUAACACAGUAGGAAUAAAUGAGAAUAUAUUAUUUUUGUGGUUUAAAUUUAAGUGAAUGGUUGAGUACGUGGGUGAAGUACGGGUUAAUGUUACUGUAAAAUUAAUUUUAUUUAUUUAUGCUGCUGUGGCGCGGAUAUCCCCUUAUUACUACUAUGUACAACCUUCAAGACUCGUUGCAUCUCGACUCGAGACUCUAUACCAGCGCGCAUUGAUGCACGCACAAAACAUGCACACCUACACAAAGUAUAUAUGUGCAAGUGUAUGUAAAAAAAUAAUCCUAUGAUGUUCACGAAAGUGUGUAUGAUUUACAGUUAGUCCGGAAAAAAAAAUGCAGCUUAAGUGCAUACAAAUACAUUUUUACUGCCUGGAACAGGUACUGGAGAGACGUUACUCGCAAGUACAGCGCUACAAGAUCUACACGUGCGCAAUUGUGUGUCAAAUUGUAUGUAUGUACGUAUACAAAAUACCACAUGCACCAUGUCACACGCAUAUACGCACAAUAUACAACGUAGAGUCGAGUCAAAUUCGUACGCAAUUUGCGUAGGAACGAUGAAUAAUUUUCUAUUCGAUACGCGUAACAGAUGACCAAAAGAAUGCGAGCACGUACAAUUGAUUAAGGGACGAUAGCGCGCGGUAUCACGUUCUUAUAUAUAUUUCAAUCCCCACUGGAUCUUUUGAAAUGUGUAAACACAUAAUAAGAGCGUUGUGGGACCAUUGUUUCAUACUAUUAAUUGAUGUGUAGACAUUUGUAGCUUGGUAUGUACGCGCAAGACGCGUUUCGGUUCAUUUGUCUUCGAUAUCCGAAAGUGUAAUACUCGUAGUAGCGUUUACAUGUGUAUACCAUAGUUACAAUUGUAAGCUCAAUAGGCGUGUGUACGUGUUACAAGUUUUUCGUGUUUUAUUGUGGUAUAUUUUGUGUGCAGUAAAGCUGCGUUCGUUGUAAACGCGAUUGUAUAUUCGAUUUUUGUUUUUUUGAUUAUCCUACAGCUAAUAAUACGCAUUCGAUCGGUGUUAGUCGAUCAGUAUAAAAAGGUUCGAUAAUGGAACGAGGACGCCGUUUCCGCGACCGUGUAAUUAUGAGAAUAUUUUCCAGUUUUCGAGGCAGAGUGGUGUGUAUAUCGCCAUUGGAAGAGCAGGAAGUCGAUGGGGAACUUUGUCGAACGUUCGCGUUCGAUGUUGAAAACAAUGCGGGUUUGCGCAUACGGUGCAAGACGUCGCAAGACUUAGCACGCAGAUGUGCGAGAGUCAUUAAGUGGGGAACGUUCGUGUCAAUGCGAAAUAUAUUUGCGCGUUCUUCAAGGGACUGGCACCUUAUGGGAAAUCACUACGAGGCCGUAGUGGACGAAAGCUCCAGGUUGAGAUAUGUAGGAAAUGUAUAAUUGUUGUUCGAUGUAUUGUUUAUUUAUUAUGUUUUUUUACAUUUGUUAAAUCGUAUUUAUAUACUAUUGUGUAAAUAUAAAUAAAUUAUGUUGUUAUGUAGUGCAUAAUUCGCAUUUUGUACGUAAAAUGCAAUUUGUGGGUAUUUGAUGUAAUAAUGCCUCAAUAAGUGCGUUAUAAUACCACGUUAAUGUGUUUGAUUUGUGUAUUGUAAAAUCCGUUGUCAUCUAUGUAUUGCGUACCGUGUAUAAUGAAUCAAUUAUAUUUACAUGUAUACAUAUUGUAAUUAAUUUAACAAAAUGCUUAAAUCAGUUCAGAUUAAAUAUAAUAUGCAAUAAAUAAAAUACAAGCAAUCACAGUUAAAUGGUGUUCUUAUGUUCAUCUAAUAUUUCAAUAUUUUAUCUUAUGGUAAUCUGUCUUGUUCGCUUGAAUUACCUUCCGUCUCCAAAUUAUAAGUCGCAAGAUUCGCCAUUCAAUCUGAACUCUGCAAUAAUUAAUCGACACAUUGAAAAGUCAUGUGAGUUUCGUUA